AUGUCGGAAGCCGCUCCUGCCGAGACCGCCGCGCCGGCGCCUGCCGAGAAGUCCCCCGCCAAGAAGAAGGCGGCCAAGAAGCCCGGCGCGGGCGCGGCGAAGCGCAAGGCCGCCGGGCCCCCGGUGUCCGAGCUGAUCACCAAGGCUGUGGCCGCCUCCAAGGAGCGCAACGGGCUCUCGCUGGCCGCGCUCAAGAAGGCGCUGGCGGCGGGCGGCUACGACGUGGAGAAGAACAACAGCCGCAUCAAGCUGGGCCUCAAGAGCCUGGUGAGCAAGGGCACCCUGGUGCAGACCAAGGGCACCGGCGCCUCGGGCUCCUUCAAGCUCAACAAGAAGGCGGCCUCCGGCGAGGCCAAGCCCAAGGCCAAGAAGGCGGGCGCGGCCAAGCCCAAGAAGCCCGCGGGCGCCACCCCCAAGAAGCCCAAGAAGGCCGCGGGGACCAAGAAGGCGGUGAAGAAGACGCCCAAGAAGGCCAAGAAGCCCGCGGCGGCGGCCGUCAAGAAGGUGGCCAAGAGCCCCAAGAAGGCCAAGGCUGCGGCCAAGCCCAAGAAGGCAGCCAAGAGCCCCGCCAAGCCCAAGGCCGUGAAGCCGAAGGCCGCCAAGCCCAAGGCUCCUAAGCCCAAGGCUGCCAAGCCCAAGGCCGCGAAGGCCAAGAAGACGGCCGCCAAGAAGAAGUAAGCUGCGCCGUGCGGCCACCGACCAAGCCCCAAAGGCUCUUUUCAGAGCCACCCAGAGACCUCUGGAGAGAGCUGUCUGUCCAUUCUUCGCUCGUGUCCAGCCAGGCUCGCACGUAGCUAUGUGGGCAUCGAGUGCCCUGUCAUACCGCAGAGUGCAGUGUCCCUCCACUCGCCUGUCGGGGGUAGCCCUCGCCACCUGGCCCCAGGGGACGUUGGCUCUCCAGGGACCGUCCCAUGGCUCUGAAAAGAGCCUUUGCAGGCACAGGCCGACGAGCAGCUUAA